AUGUCCGCUUAUACCAUAUCCGUAUCUGAGGAGAAAAUCGCUUCUCUCAAAGUCAAGCUCGAACAAGCAACAUUCCACGACGAACUCGACAAUGCCGGCUGGGACUAUGGCAGCCCGCUGGCUGAUAUCAAGCGCCUGACGAAUCAAUGGAAAUCCUUCGACUGGAGAAAACAAGAAAACAAACUCAAUGAAUUGCCGAAUUUCCACCAAAAAAUACACGUUCGCGGGUUCGCCGGUCUGGACAUUCACUACCUGCAUCAACCCUCCUCGGCCGUCGAUGCCAUCCCGCUCCUCUUCGUCCACGGCUGGCCUGGCAGCUAUAUCGAAGUGACCAAGAUGCUCCCAAGCCUAAGUCAAAGCAACAAUGGUAUAUCGUUCCACGUCGUUGCUCCAUCAUUGCCCAACUUCGGCUGGAGCCAGGGCGUCAAGACCAAAGGCUUCGGGUUAGCACAAUACGCCGAGGUCUGCGACCAAUUAAUGCGGAAUCUUGGGUAUAAGCGAUAUGCUACCCAAGGCGGUGAUUGGGGAUUCUACAUCACGCGAGCGAUUGGAUUUCUUUUCCCGAAACAUGUCCUGGGAAGUCACAUCAACAUGAUCCGUGCGAGCCAGCCAACAUUUCGCAAACAUCCCCUGCUCGCGAUUCAACAUGCUCUGAAAUCCUACGAUGAUCGUGAGAAGAAAGGUUUCGCACGCACGGCAUGGUUCACGACCGAAGGCAGCGGUUACAAGUCUGAGCAGAGCACUAAACCGCAGACCCUUGGCUACGGGCUACAUGACAGCCCGGUCGCACUGCUGGCAUGGAUUUACGAGAAAUUGCAUGAUUGGACUGAUGCGUAUCCCUGGACCGACGAGGAGAUCCUUACGUGGGUCAGCAUUUAUUAUUUCUCGACGGCGGGUCCGGCGGCGAGCUUAAGGAUUUACUACGAGGUGUCGCAUACGCCUUCGCAGGGCGUCACCCGCGAUCGAAUGCAGGAAUGGAUUGGCACGGUCCCGCUUGGGCUGGCGCAUUCGCCUCGUGAGCUGUCCGUUGUGCCGUCGACGUGGGCGCGGACGCUAGGACCUGUCGUAUUUGAGAGCUUCAAGAGCCGUGGAGGCCAUUUCGCUGCUUGGGAAACCCCGGAGGAGAUCGCUAGGGAUUUGUUCGAGAUGUUUGGGAAAGGCGGUCCCUGCUACGGUCAUGCUCGGACGGGCUCCAAGUUGUAA